GGCCAACGACCAUUCGAUAGUAGAAAAAAGUAGCACCAUUCGAUAGUAUCGAUAGUACCAUCGAUAGUUUUACAGCUCUAGUGGAUAUACGGCAAAUUUGUUAGUUUAUUGAUAUUAUAUAAAAAAUGAAUAACUUAACGCGUUUAUUGGCAAAUUGUGCAUUGAAUGCUACUCGCUAUCAGCUGCCCAACAAUACUGCCUGUAUAACGUAUGCUAAGCUGGUGCGGGGCAAGUGCAAAGUGGUAGAGAAACCUAAGCCGGGCGCUGGCCAACAAUUUCGGCGAGUAGUACACUACCCGAAGGAAUACACCGUAGAACCACUCAAAAUUACUCACUUGGCAGGACGUGACCCGGUCACUGGUAGGGUGGUUGCAAAGGGUAUAGGCGGCGGUAUAAAGCAGAAAUACCAUUGGGUGAAGUGGGUGCGUGAUGGGCCAGCUGAAGGACCGCCACAAGAAGAGCGGGUCCUUGAGAUAAUCGAUGAUGGCUGUCGUACCGCAAAGGUAGCACUUGUAGGCGUAGGAGAUGAGCUUAAAUAUAUACUUGCGACCGAAAAUAUGAAAAAAGGCGAUAUAAUAAAAACAUCGCGGUUCAUACCCAGAAUACCAGUGCGGCCAAAUGAAGGUGACGCCUAUCCACUUGGAGCAUUACCUAUUGGGACACGUAUACAUAAUCUUGAGAAGAAUCCCGGUUACCCCUUUCACUUGAUACAUGCCGCUGGCACGUUUGGCACUAUCUUAAGAAAAUUUGAUGAUAAAGUUGUAGUUCAAUUGCCCUCCAAACGUGAAUUUGCAUUUGAUCGAAUAUGUAUGGCCACUGUCGGACGUUUAUCGAAUGUUGAGCAUAACAAGGAGCAUAUUGGCAGCGCCCAGCGCAUGCGUUUAUUGGGCAAUCGUCCACGAUCUGGCUUGUGGAAACGCAAAGAAGGCAAGCAUGGUAGAAAAAUCCGUAGAUUACCACCCAUGUCACUGGCGACGCCACCACCCAAGGCAAAGGAUGAGGUUAUUAAAUUAACACUGCAUUUGUAGAAGCCUUAGAGCGUUGAAGGUGUGAUUAUAUUUUAUUAUAAUAAAUUUCUGUUGAAAAGAGCGUUCUUAAACUAUGCA